UAACUUUCUGCGUCUCCCCUCCCCCUUAUAAAUAUGCUUCUCCACUCACUUUUCUCUCGCAAGCUCCUCUAACCGAUUCUCCUUUGCCUUCUGGUGAUUUUCUCGCCAACCAAACACCUCAAAACUCUCUUUCCUAACUUUUCUCAGCAAUUUCUUCCAAAAUGAAGCAGCUCAUCCGCCGUCUUUCUCGCGUCGCCGACUCCUCUGAUCAGUAUAUCCUCCUCCGCUCCGACUCCCGCCGCCCUCGCCGACUGUUCACCGCUGAUGCUAUCACCAAAUCCUCGGCACGCCGCUCCGCUAACUCCAAGCCCGUUCCCGAAGGUCACGUGCCAGUCUACGUCGGCGAUGAGAUGGAGCGUUUCGUCGUGAGUACUGAGCUCUUCAACCACCCGGUCUUCAUCGGUCUCCUCAACAAGUCUGCUCAGGAGUACGGUUACGAACAAAAAGGAGUUCUUCGUAUUCCGUGUCACGUGUUCGUCUUUGAACGAGUCAUAGAAGCUCUUCGUCUUGGUCUGGAGUCACGUGACCUCCAGGAUCUAAUUGGCGCCUCCUCCUCCGAUGAGGUUUUCUAGAUCUCUAUUUUUUUUAAUUUUCUAUAUUUUUGCUUAGGGAGAUCAUCUUGAUAAGAAUAUAAUCUAUAAAUAUAGUGACAAAACGAGAUCGUUUUGAAGGAUUUUUCUUGUAAAUAUAUCCUUCUUUCGGUCUUUUUGAGGAGAUUUGUAGGGAUUGAAAUGUUGAUGCAAGGGAACUGAAACUCAGCAGCAAUUAACGUAGAAAUUAAAAUGCAAGUCAGGACUUGCGCAUUUUGCCUUUGUUUUUUCUUAGUAAUGACUUGCAUUUUUGUGUGCUAUUACUACCUCGAGAUGCCGUUUGGCUGCUGAGAAAAUUGUGUUAGCUGGUGGAAAAGGAAUAUAAUAAUUAAUCAAGUAAUAUUCAUUUGU